AUGUCAGCCAAGGCUCCCCCCAAAACACUACAUCAGGUUCGUAACGUGGCGUACAUCUUUGCUGCAUGGGCGGGCCUUCAGAAGGGGUUUGCAGAAAAGUCUGCUAACGAUAAGAUGUGGGUGGAACACCAGCGACGGUUACGCCAAGAGAAUGUCAAGAGACAACAUGCGGCACAUGCUCUUGAGGAAUUGAAGCAGGAUGAGGAAUUGGAGAGAUCCAUUCCCACCAUUGUGCCCAAAGAGCUGCACGAGCUUGUUAAGGCGCUUGAAAAGUAG